GCCGGAGGACCUACAAAUGCCUAGAGAAGUGUUUUCUCUAGGAAGGUCUAGGUUCUCCAGCCCCACGUUAUGGUCAGCCUCUGGCAGAGUUUCGCUGGAGGGCCUAGAGAAUCCUAGAGAGAACAUAUUAAUAAAAACGGCAAAUAAUUAAAUCCACAAAAGUCAAAGCCACAAAUGUGGAGGGCCAACUGUAUAGCCAAAGGUAGAGUAUUGUUGACACUCUCAUUAAUACUGUCGAACAUAGAAGAUUUACCACAAUAUGGAUUGUGGUAAACCGCUUCUUAGAAAAGUUUAUCUCAUUUUGGAAGGUAUAAUAUUUCAUAACCGUUUUUUAAAAACUUUUCUAGAAUGUCUAAUUUAUAUAUUUACGUCUUGAACUAACAGUGUGUGAACAAGGGGAACAAUUUUUUUCUGGAUCUUUGCAUCUCUUGAAGGCAAAAAGAUAUAAGCAAUUCAUAGUUUGAAUUUGCAAUUUAAUUUUUAAAACUUUUUUUCUAGCUCUUAUGGAAGCAAAAUCUGUAAGUAGAAGAUAUGAAACAAGGAGAAGCAGCAGAGCAGAAAAAUCAGUAGCCAAAUCUCGGGUUGACUGGCAUCGGACUAGGAGAAGCAAUACACUACUUGAUAGUGAAGAAGAUGAUGAUACAGUUACAUCAGAAGAAGAAGAAGAACUUGAAACGAGUUCAGAAGAUGAUGUGGUUGGAAAAGAAAACAAUGAAUCUCUUUUUAAUAAGAGUAAAGAUGAAAAUCUGGAUCCUGCAGGUAGCCCUCCAGAUGUUGACAGAGGUUGCAAUGGCAUAGCCACAGAAGACACUGAAGAAGAAAGCAUCAACAUUGGAAAGCGUAAGAGAGUUCGAACAUCUGUCAUGUAUGACAGUGAUGAAAGUGAUGACAGUGAUAUUGUUAGGAAAGUUAAUGCUAAGUGCAGCUGCAUAACAGAUGAGGAAGACUUGUCUGUUGGCCAGGAGCUAAACAUGUCACCUGCAAAAGAAGCAUCAGACCAAAAACAGAAAAGGCUAAUGAAGCUGCAGGAACUGUCCCAAAGACGAUCUACUCAGACUUCUAGCACUGGUGACUAUUAUAAGGAUAAUGAAGAUGACGUAGUAACAUUAGAUGAUUCUUACAAUUCACCCCUCUCAGAAGCUGAAAUCAGUGACACAUCAGAUGAUGACAGCAUGAAAGAUUUCAUCGUGGAGGAGGAAGAAGAGGGGGACAAUUUGGAACCGGAAAACUCUGAAAAUGAAAGUCAGCCACAAGAGAGAGAGCAAUUUAUGCCAAGGCUGUUGUUGGAAAGGCAUCUCCCAAACUUGCCUCGUGUUGAUCCCUCUGUCCAUUUCCAGAGAGUUGUAAAGUCUUUUCUGAUCAAUGCAAUUGAUAAUACUUUUUUGAUUUCAUUAUAUGAGGGGGAAAGACAGAAGAGCUAUGAAAAAGAUAUGCUGACUUCACUUCAUUACUUGGAUGACCGUUUUGUUCAACCUCGCCUUGAAAAUUUACUUGCUAGAAGUCGCUGGAAAGAACGCUAUAAGGAACGAGUGGAUAGUUAUUCUGCUAUUUGCAUAAAUAUGGGAAACCCAGUGAAACGUUCUUGUCAAGCCUGUGAACUGCAGAGGUACUGUAAAUUUACAGUAAUUCUGUCAGGAAAAUCAUACAAUAGUGAAACAUUGGAAGUAGAUGACUUCAUGUCGCAUGAUAAACAGGCAUUGAAGAUCGGAACUACAUGUGCAAACCGAACCUAUGUUUAUCAUAAUUUGAAGCAUUUUAAAUACAAGUUAUAUCAGGAUUGCUUUUUGGUUAUGAAAAAUGAUGGCCUUCAGGAUGAGCCAGUUGAAGAUUCUGUGAACAGAAUUUUCAGGGAGUUGGAGGAAGAUGGCUGGAUUGAUAAGCAAUACAAAGCUCUACAAGAAUAUAUGGACAGUGCAGAUUACUUCCAAGAUGAAAAAAUGGACUGAAAGUGCUUGGAUUUAUUCUUUGAAAACGGAUUUUAAAAGCAUAUACAGAUGUGCUUCCUCUAAACUGGUGACAGAAUUUGAAGAUCAUCUUGCAUUCUAGCUACUUUUUUUCAUUCCAGGGUUUAAUAAUAUAUCUUCUUGUUGUUAUUAUGGACACUACUGUUUGUUUCUUUUCAUAGUUCAUUUUAAUUAUCAUAAUAAUUAUUUAAAUAAUUUUUAUAGUGGAAAUAAUUUCUUUUCUGCUCUUGAGUGCCAUGUAGCUCAACUUAAUGGUCUGGAAAAAAAUCAGGGUGUUAAUUCAGGAAAUGAAUUUUUCAGUACUGUGAUACUCAGGUGGAUUGUGCCAACAUGUGAGAUAUACUUGGCUUCAGUUCUUUUUGGAAAAGGAAAUAUCUAUCUAGUGAAAGUCCACAGACUGUGGUCCAGAACACACUAUAGAAAUAAUCCAGUUCAAGACCGCUUUAACUGCCCUGGCUCAGUGCUAGGGAAUCCUGGGAAUUGUAGUUUAUUGUGGCAAUAGAGUUCUCUGACAGAAGCUAAAUGUCUCAUAAAAUUACAGUUCUCGGGAUUCCCUACCAUUGAGCCAGGGCAGUUAAAGUAGUCUCGAACUGGAUUAUUUCUUCAGUGUGUUUUGGACAGUAAGUGUUGUUUAUCCAUCAUAAUACCUAAAAGCUGGAUACAUGGCAGUAACAAAUGACCUCUCCAAAAACAGCAGGCUAUCAUUGUUUAUGUGUCCUUGUGGCACAAAAUUCAUGGACUUGUACUGUAUUUAGCCAGCACAGUUGACUGAAAGCUAGAACUUUGCUAGCAUCCCCUAAAGCAAAGGAGAAGAGCAGCAUUCAUUCAGACUGAGUGUGGCACUGAAUUGUCCUAAAACACAACAAAUCCUAUUAUGUCCUUUAUGUAGAAUUUGGAAGAGAAGAAGCUUUACAGUUCUUUAUGAUUUGUAUAGAGGCUGCUGUUAGGUAUCUGAUAACUUCCAUGUUGGACUGUUUCUUAGAGACUUCUAUGGAUGUUCACUGCAUCAGUAAUGGAUUCAAGAUUAAGAAAGACUGUUGACUAAUGGGGAUUGUCAUAAAACACUGCAGUAUAGAGUACUCAUAUUUAGGGAUCUAGCCAGCCCCACAUGUUCUCUAUCAGGCUACUCAGUUCCAUUCUAUUUCCUGCUUCAGGUUUCUGGGCUCGACUGUAAAAGUCAAGCAGUGUUCAUUGAGAAUUCUUGGUCCUCAUUGUCUACCCCCACUUUAAGAUUUUCCCAUCAGACCUUUUUAUGCUUCUGCCAACUUUGGGGCUCUUCCAAACAUGCUAAUAACCUCUGCCCUGUGCUUGAAUUGUGCCAUUUUUGCUAUAUAAGGAAGUUGGCAGUUGGAGAAAUUAUUUUCCUUUUAUUAGAUAUGAUGACUCAACUAAUUUUGAGAAGCAGAAUAUUGUGUCUUUUAGGGAAUUUCAGAGUUCACAUACAGGAAGAGUGUAAUGGCUUACAGAUUACAGUAGUAAUUCUGAUCAGUUGUUCUGAUCCAGGUAAGCUGUUCUUAGGCUUAUGCUUGACAUCCCCAAACCACCAUACUUCUUGAAUGUAUUGCUGUUGCUCUGAUAAUUAGGCUGUGGCAGGAAAGUGGGGUUAGAAGGCAAGACUAAGACAACAGGGCCAGCAUUACAAUUGGAGAGGCAAUCUGCAUGUAUAACUCUUAGUAUGUUAAGAUUUGUUGUGACAAAUACAAAUAAAAACUGUGUGAAA